AUGAGUGUCUAUUCAGAAUUAGCACAAUACCUAGAUUCUAACCCACUGAAGGAUCCCAAAUCAACAGGAACUGACGCAGCGAAGGAUAUCUCCAGAAGAGUUGGUACAUCAACACAAGGGUCUACUCGACAAGGAAAUGAUAGCCAUGGCAAACUGGUUGCAGAUCAGCUUUACGAAUUACCAGCAAUUGACCGCAAAAUAAGUCAUCUGAAGCCGUGGAAGACCGAUAGCAAGUAUUUCAACAAAUGUAAGAUUAGCGCGUUAGCGUUGAUGAAGAUGACAACACAUGCACAAAGUGGAGGUUCGAUUGAGAUUAUGGGGAUGUUGGUUGGCAAGAUUGUUGACAGGGCAAUUGUUGUAAUGGACACUUAUAGAUUGCCAGUUGAAGGAACUGAGACUCGAGUCAAUGCUCAAGGAGAGGCAUAUGAGUACAUGGUGCAGUAUUUGGAAUUGAAUCAAAAGAUUAGUGAUGGAGUCAAGCCGAGACAAGAGAAUAUUGUGGGGUGGUAUCAUUCGCAUCCUGGGUAUGGGUGUUGGUUGAGUGGGAUUGAUGUGAGUACACAAGAGUUGAAUCAGAAUUUUCAAGAUCCAUAUUUGGCGAUUGUUGUUGAUCCAGUUAGGACAUUGAAGCUGGGGAAAGUUGAUAUCGGGGCAUUUAGAACUUUGCCCGCUGGGUUUACUGAAGGGGGUGAAACAAAUGAUGGUGCUUCACGGGCCAGAUUGCUGAAUUUGCCCAAAUCGAAACGAAAAGAGUUUGGUAGUCAUGCCGGUCGGUAUUAUUCGUUGGAAGUGGAGACAUUUGCAAAUGAGAAUGAUGAAGAGAUGUUGAAAUUGAUGAGAAGGCAGGAUACGGAUGAUUAUGAUGGAUGGAUGAAGAAGUUGUCAGUUGAUGAUGCAGAAACGAUAAAGGCGGUUCAGGAAGAUUCAGCUCUUUCGUCUUUGCAAUACUUGGAUAACUUUGAGUUCAUAGAUGGCGGUGACGAUAUCGAUUCUUUGAGAAAUGUUGUUAAGAGAUUGGAAGCCUUGAAAUCGACGCCUGGCGAAGGUCCCGCCAGUUCAUUUUUGAAAAAGAUUAUCAAUGCCAACAAAUCUGUGGUUGAGGGAAGUAAACUUAGGGGCAUGUCAAGACACAGGCAUGUGAGCUAUGAGGAUGAGGAUGUUUUGGACGAGAGCGAUUUGGAAAGGGUUUACACUGGCGAAGAUAAGUUGGAGGAUGAAACCGAGGGUGAGGAUUGGGACGACGAUGAUGAGGAUGUGGGAAAUGACGCAGAGAUGCAGGAUGAACGUCAGCAAGCAGCACAGGGGGCGGCACAAGAGGUGGCACAAGAGAGUGCACAAGUGGCAGCACAGGAUGUGGCCGAGGAGAAUACGCAAGAUGUGGCACGAGAUGACAUAGAAAAUACCGAUCUCAAUGACAAACUAGAACAAGCAACUACUACUGUGACUAAUGAACCACUUGAAUUGAGAAGCGUGGAAACCGCAACACCUACAGUCUCCGGAGAAGCUGAAUCAUUGUAUCAAGGUACGGACAAGCCUCCCUCUUCCAAUCCACUAUCCUCCCCCAUCAAAAGAUCAUUUCGUAAAAAAAUCCGUACAAGAAAAGAUGAUUUGAGCGAUUUAUUAUUUGAUCCAUCUAUAGCUGGUACUCAUCACAAGUUGAAGCGUAAACAAAAACCCGUGUCACAACCACUAGGAUUUACGCGGUACCCCGAGGAGUAUACUCGACAAGUUGAACUUUUAGACUUGCAUAGAAGAGUGCAACAACACCAACGCUGGGCACGUGAUAGACUACCCGGUGACCAGCAGGGAAGGUAUUCUAUGCCACCAUCAAUGGCUUUGGAUAUGAGGGAGAAGAACAAGCUGGUGAUUGAGGCAUCAAGGGCUUUGGCUGCAAAGAAUGUUUGUGAUUUGAUUACUAUGGAGGCUAUGGAGAGAAAGAAGAGGGAGGCGAAGGGGGAGGCGAAGGGGGAGGAGAGCUAG